GUGAAAGGGGUAGCCCUGGACAGGUGUCACGGUCUCCGAGGCUUGUUUCGUUUCGUUGAGGCGGACGACGCAAAGCGGGACCAAGUGGCAGUAGCCCGCUACUCUGCUGCCGCAGGGAAGCUUGCCGGACUAUCCAAGAGUGAGUGA